AUGGGGAAGUUAUUUAAAACACAUUUAGAAGAGAAAAAGAAGAUAAAUAUCGCCAUCACAGGAGAAUCUGGUUCUGGUAAAUCCACCUUUGUUAAUGCCUUCAGAGGCAUCAGUGAUGGAGAUGAGAGAGCUGCUCCUACUGGUGUUAUAGAAUCCUCAAAGGAUCUUAUUCCAUACUUCCAUCCAGAGCAUCCCAAUGUCAAAUUAUGGGAUCUUCCUGGAAUUGGCACCAUAGAGUUUCCAGCUGUUAAAUACUUGGAACUUGUUAAAUUCGAAAGGUUUGACUUCUUCAUCAUCAUCUCGGACACCGGCUUUAGAGAAAAUGAUGUGAAACUCGCUCAGGAGAUUCAGAAGAUGAAGAAAAAGUUCUACUUUGUUCGCUCAAAGAUUGACAACGAUAUACAAGCUGCAAAAAGAAAGAGAUACUUCAACAAUGAGGAGUACCUUGCACAACUCAGGGUAAACUGCAUUCAAGGUCUGAGAAAACAAGGUUUCGAGUCUCCACAGGUCUUCCUGGUGUCCAGCUUUGAGAGCCACUUGUAUGACUUUUCUCUGUUACAGCAGACCUUCGAGCGAGACCUUCCUGAACUUCUGCUGGCUGAACAUUAA